UACUAGGCCAUUAACUACAACUCAGUUGAGUCCUGAGCGUAAACUGAUGUAUACUUAAACAAAUUCCUGAGUGCCUAGUAUUAGUCACUUAACUUCAAAAUUCUCUCCAUGGCUUGCUGGUUAUCAGACUGCCCCAUAGGGGGUAGCACUGUACAGGUUAGAAUGUUCCUUGUUGAUGUAGUUCCUCAACUCACCGCUAGGGUGCGUCAGUGUGACACAGCAUUGAAACAAACAAGAUGGCAACACCACCCAGAAAAUCAUCCUCUACAAAUCAACGAUUGACACCAAGAAAAAUCAAUGCUUGUCUGUUUGGGACUGAUGAUUCUGAGAUCGAGGAUUUCAAUGAUGAAGAAAAUGAAGAUAAUGUCCUCAGUGCCAGCACAAGAGAGCAAUCUUUAUUUCAAGCGAAUUGGAGUGACAAUACUGACAGCGACCCUGACUAUCAUCCCUCAACUAGUGACAGCGAUAACGAACCCACAACAUCAACAGCAGUAAAGAAAAAUCAACUAGCCAAAAGGAAGAAAAAUACUAAACUGCAACCACCAAUCAAGAGAACAAAGAACAUACCUACUGCCGAACCAUGGAGAAAAGGCAUUUUUUCUCCUGAUCCUGUGACUCUUCACGAACCUUCGUAUAUACCACUGGACUGUACGAAUUGGAGUAAUGAGGAAAGCAUUCACUCCACGAUUCGAACACUGAAACAGUCUGGUGAAAGUGACGGGGAUCUAGAGGAUGCAAAUGUAAGCUUUACAAAUCUGGAUGCUCCAUCAACGUCUGCUAUGGACAUAGCGGUGCACGAACCUGUAGCUCAGCCACGGCCACCCCUCCCCCGCCGAGACUUGGACUCGCCCAGGCACCCGGCACACGAGAGGGGAGGGGCGGCGGCCUACUACAUGCCGCAUGACCUUGAGAUGCGCAGCAGUUACGGAACAGUGCAACCGGAUUUGAUUCAAGAAUCAUUCCCUAAACUUUAUAGCCUACUAGGACAAAAUAUCACCAAACAUGAAAAUCUUAUUCAAGAUCCAGAAGAUGUUGUUGAUCCAUCAGUGAACGGUUAUGAACCAGAAACCGGACAUCAUCUUCCUGCUGAAAUUGUACAAGAGGACUGUUCAUCAAACAGCAGUUUAUUUUCUGACAAUGAUCUGGAUGAUCCCACUUAUGUACCCCAGGAGAGUUCAGAAAGUGAAAUAUCUUUUAGUGAUGUCAUUGAGAUAUCACAACCUACAACAGUUGAUACAAAUACCGUACCUACAGCCGUAUCAAAUCAAUAUAAACUUGUUCCCUACAGUGAUUCUGAUUCAAAUGAUGACAUGAUAAAUAUUCCUGAAAAGGGCAAAAAGAGAGUCAGAAACCCAGUAAACUGGAAAAAAAAACAUUAGGAAAAGAAAAGUACUUUCUGGUGAGCAGUACGUAAAUUCAAAGGGAAAGGUUGCAGAAGGAAGGCCAUUAAAACCUCCAUGUCGAGAUAAUUGUCGAUUAAAAUGUAACACAAGAUUUACAAAUGAAGAAAGACUCAAUAUCCAUUCCGAGUUUUGGAAAUAUGACAGAACCUGGGACUUAAAAAGGCAGUUUGUUGCAUCUUGCAUCAAAUCAAAACCUGUAACUAGGCAGCGGCAAAGAGACGGAACGAGGCAGAAUAAAAGUGUGAGCAAUGCAUAUAUUUUUAAAAAGAACAGUGUUGAAGAAGUAGUGUGUAAAACCUUUUUUUUAAAAUACUCUUUCAAUUUCGGAUAUGUUUACAAGAAGUGUUUUGAGAAAGACAGGUGACAUUGGUCUUGUAGCAGGAGACCUUAGAGGACACCACACACCGAUUAAUAAAAUACCUGAUGAAGCAAUAGGAGUGAUCAAAAAUCAUAUUAAGAAAUAUCCUGCAUAUGUUAGCCAUUACAGUAGGGAGAGGUCACAGCGGAAAUACUUGGGCAAUCAUUUAAAUAUUACCAAAAUGUACGACAUGUAUGUCGAAGACUGCAAUAAAGAUGGCAUGAAACCAGAAAAGAAAUGGUUAUUUUCUAAAGUGUUCAAUGAACAAUUUAAUUAUUCUUUUCAUUUGCCUGAUAACGAUACUUGU